AUGAAUAGACGACAAAAUGGAUAGGAUGAAAAUUUAAGUUGGAUUUUGAAGUAUACGAAUGAAUUUGAAUAAGAACAUAUUGAGAGCUAACAUAUGCAUGUAUUAAAGUAGGAACAAUUUGGAUAAUUGAAAUAAUCAGAUGAGAUUUUGAGUGCUUAACUGUUUACUUUUUGGAAUGGUAAUUUAGAAAACAGUAAAUUUAUAUUAAUGCCAAAUCUGUUAAUAAAAGUAACAUAAUAAAAUGGUAUGUUGAUGCCUCCUUAAUAAUAAUUUAAUUUAGGGGGUGGAGCAUUUUAUUUAUCAUUAUCAGAAUGCACAAUUACUUAAAAAAUGAUAGCUCAUAAAUCAUAAUAAGCUUUUGGAAUGAUGUUAUCAAAUUCAAUAGGAACAACUUAUUUAUUUUUUUCUAAUUUUGUGACAUUUCGAACUUGGUACAAACAAAUGAAAUAAUUUUGUAAGCUCACAGGAUUCUUAGAGAAAUAUAAAUUAGGUGAAAAAAUUUUACCUGGAUUUUACACUUGUACAAAAAAAAAGAAAAAGACUCAAUAUACAUGUUAAAUCUAUAAAACAGAUGAUUUUGAAUAAUGUAAAGAAUUAGAAGAUGCUGUUUAUAAUGAGAUACAAAUUUUAAGAAGCAUUAGACAUUAAUCAUUAUUAGAAUUAAAGAGAGUUUAUGAAAAUAGUAAAUAUCUAUUCAUUGUUUAUGAAUAUUAUAAGGGAGAGACCUUAUUUAAUCUUUUGAAUUCAAAUCUUUAACUUCAUGAAGUUUAAAUUGCAUCUGUAUAUAAUUCCAAUUUUAAAAUAGAUAAUAUAUCAAAUUUUAUCAGUUGUGAAAUUUCUUAAUCAACAUUAAUUUUAUCAUGGUAGCAUUAACCCUUAAAAUAUAUUAAUUAAUACUCAACAUUAAAUGUUACAAAUUACAUUAAUCAAUUUAUCAUUUAAAGAGUAUAAAGUUAAUGACAAAUUGGAUUGGAUAUUAAAUAGAGCAGUAGAAUCCUUUUUGGCUCCUGAGAUAUUUGAAGGAAUAGCACCAAAUAUUGCUACAGAUAUAUAUGCUUUAGGAUGUGUAUUAUAUUUUAUGACAUAUUAUGAUCCUAAAAAAUAUGAAGUAUGUGUUUGAUAUAUUAUUUUUUAUUUUUAGUUAACAAAUGAAGAAAAGGAUUUCUAUACAGUUAUGGAUAAUUUUGAAAUUUAGACAAAUCGUAUUGAUGAAAGUGAAUAAAAAUUAAAAGUUGGUUUCUAAUAAAAUUAAUCCAAGAGUAAUGUUAGUUCAUCAUAAUUGGAUUUACUAAGGAAAAUGUUAGAAUAAGAUUCAAGUAAGUACAUAAAUAUAUGAGAUAAAAGAUUGACAAUAAAAGAUGCAACUAAACAUCAUUGGUUUGUUAAUGUCAAAAGUAAGAUAAAAUCAUUGAAAGUGGAAAGAAAAAGAAAAAAACCACUACCUAGUCUUAGAACUAUUAUUGAAUUGAGAGAGAUGAGUGAAAUGGAUGUUAGAAUGACUAUCAUUCAAUAAUAAUAAAGUGGAUUAAAUGCAAUCAAUCAUAUGAAUUCAAAACUUUAAACUACACCAUCCAACACAAAACGUACUUUAGUUUAUACUCAACAACCAUCAAAAUUAAGUUAAUAUGCUGGUAAAAAUGAAUUUGAUGAUGAUUAUGAAAGUAUAAUUCGAUUUUAAUUAGUCCCUGAUGAAGAUCUUUAAUUAGAAGUCCCUGUUAUAAAUUACAAAAGAGAACCAAAACGAAAACCUUCAAAUAUAAGACUGCUAUGA